AUGAGUGAAGAGGAGCAAGGCUCCGGCACUACCACGGGCUGCGGGCUGCCCAGUAUAGAGCAAAUGCUGGCAGCCAACCCGGGCAAGACCCCGAUCAGCCUUCUGCAGGAGUAUGGGACCAGAAUAGGGAAGACGCCCGUGUACGACCUUCUCAAAGCCGAGGGCCAAGCCCACCAGCCUAAUUUCACCUUUCGGGUCACCGUUGGCGACACCAGCUGCACUGGUCAGGGCCCCAGCAAGAAAGCAGCCAAGCACAAGGCAGCUGAGGUGGCCCUCAAACACCUCAAAGGGGGGAGCAUGCUGGAGCCAGCCCUGGAGGACAGCAGUUCUUUUUCUCCCCUAGACUCGUCACUGCCUGAGGACGUGCCGGUUUUUACAGCUGCAGCGGCUGCUACUCCCGCUCCAUCUGCUGUCCCAACCAGGAGCUCGCCCAUGGAGGUGCAGCCCCCAGUCUCCCCUCAGCAGUCCGAGUGCAACCCGGUCGGUGCUCUGCAGGAGCUGGUGGUGCAGAAAGGCUGGCGGUUGCCUGAGUACACGGUGACCCAGGAGUCUGGGCCAGCCCACCGCAAAGAGUUUACUAUGACCUGCCGAGUGGAGCGUUUCAUUGAGAUUGGCAGUGGCACUUCCAAAAAGCUGGCAAAGCGGAACGCAGCGGCCAAAAUGCUGCUUCGAGUGCACACAGUGCCUCUGGAUGCCCGGGACGGGAACGAGGCAGAGCCCGAAGACGAUCACUUUUCCAUUGGUGUGGGCUCCCGCCUAGAUGGACUUCGGAACCGGGGCCCAGGCUGCACCUGGGAUUCUCUGCGGAAUUCGGUGGGAGAGAAGAUCCUGUCCCUCCGCAGCUGCUCGCUGGGCUCCUUGGGCGCUCUGGGCCCUGCCUGCUGCAGUGUCCUCACUGAGCUAUCUGAGGAGCAGGCUUUCCAUGUCAGCUACCUGGAUAUUGAGGAGUUGAGCCUGAGCGGGCUCCGCCAGUGCCUGGUGGAGCUGUCCACACAGCCGGCCACUGUGUGCCAUGGCUCCGCCGCUACCAGGGAGGCCGCCCGUGGCGAGGCUGCGCGCCGUGCCCUGCAGUACCUCAAGAUCAUGGCGGGCAGCAAGUGA